CACUUUGGAUGUGGAAUGGUAUUGUGCAAGAAAAUCAAGGUUUGCCUUUUGCUUUCAGUUUCACGAGGGAAAGAUGGCUCAGGAUGCCGAGAGCAAGGAGCUGCUGUUGGAAACGCUGGAAGACCUGGGGGAUGACGACUUCAAGAAGUUCAAGUUUUAUAUGCAUCUGCCUAAGAGAAAAGACGCAGACCGGAUUUACAUCGCCAAAGAGCUGGUGAACAGGUACAGCAAGAACGCUGUGGCGGAGACCAUCAAGACUCUGGAGAAGAUCAACAACUAUGAACUGGCCCAGAAGCUGCAAAUCAAAGGUGUCACCCGUGCGCCUUCAGAUAGCAUCUCCUUAGAGGUACAGAUGGGCGAAUUCAAGCGGGAGCUGCAAGAGAACCUGCGGGCCAUGUACUGCAAGGCUCCCGAGGGCAACACAGAGCACAGCCAGCAGGAGGUUCUGGAGAGCAUCUACACCAAGCUCCACAUUAGCCGCGGCGUCGCCAGUCUCCCCGACAAGCAGCACGAGGUCUUUCAGAUGGAGAUGCGCGGCCAAGACGAGGAGGAGGAGUCCAUCGAGCCGUGCGACAUCUUCAAAAGCGAGAAGCCCCUUCGCACCAUGGUCACCGUGGGCUUCGCGGGCAUCGGGAAGACCUUCCUGGUGCGCAAGUUUGUCCUGGACUGGGCCAACGGGACAACCAAUACAGACGUGGACUUCAUCUUUCCCUUGCCCUUCCGCGAGUUGAACUUGGAGGAGGAGAAAAGCUUUUCGCUGGCAGAGCUCAUCCAGCACUUCAUGUGCGAAAGCAAGGCGGCCAUCAAGAUGCUGCAGGACAUAUUGGUCAGGCUGCAAGAUUUGGGCAAGCCCACCUACCAAAGCAGCAGCGUCAAGAUUUUGUUUGUACUGGACGGCUUGGACGAGUGCCGCCUCAAACUGGACCUGAGCGACGAGCGCAAGGAGCGCCUGGAUGUGACCCGAGCGUACCCCGUGGAGGUCCUCCUGGCGCAUCUCAUCAAGGGGAACCUGCUUCCCUGCGCCCGGCUUUGGAUCACCACGCGGCCCCAGGCGGCCCGCGACAUCCCGCCGCGCCUGGUGGACGGCCGAACCGAGGUGAAAGGUUUCAGCCACUCCCAGAGGCUGGACUACUUCAAGAAGAGGUUCCCCAAUGACGAGAAGGACGUCAUCAAACAUAUCCAAAAGUCUCGCAGCAUUUUCAUCAUGUGCCACUUGCCCUUCUUCUGCUGGCUCACCGCCACCGUUCUCCGACGCUGUUGGGAGCUGCCCGAAACCCUGACCGAGAUGUACACAGAGUUCCUACUCUAUCACCUGGGCAGGUCCGAGGACCGAGGCGGCCAGAAGAGCACGGAGUACGUCAAAGGGCUGGCCAAGAUGGCUUUUCGGCAUCUCAUGAAAAAGCAACAGAUCUUCUACGAGAGCGACUUGCGGGAAAGCGGCUUGGAUGACCCGCAGGUCGCAAAACACUCGGGAGUCUUCACCGAGGUCUUCGAGGAGGUACCCCCGCUCAAAAAAUACAAAUGCAGCAAGAUGUUUCAGUUCAUCCACCUGAGCAUCCAGGAAUAUCUGGCCGCUCUCUACGUGAUGAUGAGCCUGUUCCAGGACAACAGGAACGUGCUGGGAGAGCUCCCAAUGCAUUGCGAGCAGACGUCGCUCGUCCGGGUCCACCAGGCGGCCAUCCGCAAAGCCUCAAAAAGUGAGGGAAACCUGGACUUGUUCCUCCGCUUCUUGGUGGGCCUUUCCUUGCAGUGCAACCAGGAGCUCAUGGGCGAGCUGCUGAAGGCUCCCAAGAACUUCAGCCACAGCAACGCAAAAACAGUCCGCUUGAUCGAGCAACAGAUAGAUAAGAACUCUCCUGAGGAGAACAUCAACUUGUUCUACUGCCUGAAAGAGCUGAAGGACGAGUCCCUGCUGGAGCAGAUCCAAAAGUACCUAAAAGAAUUGCGGUUCCACGGUGAGAACGUACCUCCGGCCAUGUGGUCGGCCCUGGUCUUCUUCUUGCUGGCUUCCGACGUUGCCAUGAGCUGCUUCAAACUCUGGAAAUACGCUCCGUCCGAGACGGGGCUCCAGAUGUUGCUGCCGGUGGUCAAGGCUUCUCGAAAAUCAGUGCUCUGGGACUGCAAGCUGAGCAAAAAAAGCUGCGAGGCGCUGGCCUCUGUUCUAAGCUCGCCCUGCAGCCAGAGGGAGCUGGAUCUCAGCCACAACGACUUGCGUGACGACGGGCUGGAGGCGCUCGCCGCCGGACUGGCAAAGCCGGAGUGCACCUUGCAAGUCCUGGAUCUCAGCAGCAAUGACUUGGGUGACGACAGGCUGGAGGCGCUCGCCGCCGGACUGGCAAAGUCGCAGUGCACCUUGGAAGUCCUCACGCUCUGGGACUGCAAAUUGAGCACGAAAAGCUGCGAGGCGCUGGCCUCCGUUCUAAGCUUGCCCUGCAGCCUGAGGAAGCUGGAUCUCGGCGCCAACGACUUGGGUAACGACGGGCUGGAGGCGGUCGCUGCCGGACUGGCGAAGCCGCAGUGCACCUUGCAAGUCUUCGGGCUCCAGUGGUGCAAGCUGACCAAGAGAAGCUGCCAGGCGCUGGCCUCCGUUCUAAGCUCGCCCUGCAGCCUGAGGGAGCUGGAUCUCAGCCACAACGACUUGGGUGACGACGGGCUGGAGGCGCUCGCCGCCGGACUGGCAAAGCCGCAGUGCACCUUGCAAGGCCUUAAGUAAGGCUCUCCUCCACCCCCGUCGAGCGAGCGGCAGAAGGCCAGCCGGCCCAAGAACCUUGGGCUUGUGUCAGCC